AUGUCCCUAGGUCUCAUCAUCGCUGUUAUUGUCCUGGCAGCUGUUCUGGGCCCCACAUGCACACCCGGCUGGAUCAGGUACCGAGGGAAAUGUUACUAUUUCUCUGAGGCUGAAGGGAACUGGAACCACAGCCAGAGAUAUUGCUCCUUCCUCGGUGCCUCCCUGGCUGGGAUCGACAAUGAGCAGGAAAUGGAUUUCCUGCUGCGCUAUAAAGGCAAAUUUGACCACUGGAUUGGCCUCCGGAAGGACCUGGGGCAGCCCUGGAAAUGGGCCAAUGGCACCGAAUUCAACCACCUGUUUCCGAUAGGAGGAGGAGGUGACUGCGCGUAUCUGAAUGAUGUGGGUGGGGCCAGCAGCUUGCGAUGCACCAGUGAGAGACACUGGAUCUGCACCAAACCCGAUGUGUUUACAGAGGCAAAGGAGGCUGCUGCAGAAGGGGACUCGUAA